UGUCAAUUGGUUGUCAAAAUGUGACAUUUAAAUUUUAACAAAGUGAAAUAUCCUCUUGAUAUCCUCUAUCCUGUUUUGAUUUCUGUAGGAUAUUCCAUCUGAGGGGAUAUCUGAAAUUUUGUUUCUUUAAGCAUUUUUAAAAAGCUAUGAAGUUUUGGUCUAUGUGACAUUGCAUCCCUUGCAUCAAUAUAAAAUAAUAAAAUAGAAAAACAAAUAUGCAAAGACUAGUUAUGUCCGAUAAAAAUAAAUUGUUUAGGAUCUGACCUCUGCUGCAAUUUAUUUCGUGAUUUCUGAAGAUGACUUGUGUGAAGAAUUAUUUAGAAACACCAUUUAUUAAAAGAAUUUUUUUUCAUUAUGUUGCAUAGUGGUGGUGUAAAAAGAGAUAAAAAUAUAUCUGGUACAGUUUACACGAGUAUUUCUAUGAGAUUUUCAAAGAAUAUAUAUAUUAUAUCAAAUGGGCCAUUGUCUUAGCUGCUUCGAUAACCAAACAAAUGCUGAUGUCGUGACAUCACCUAAUAGGAAAAACGAUGAGAUAACAGAAAUUAUCACAAUAAAUCAAGUCCCCAAUGCUGUAAUAUCUGACUAUCCACAAGAGGAACCUUUGCUACAUAAUAAUGAUAAUAACAUAAAUUCAUAUAGACAAAGUAGUGAAAACGCUAAUGUAAUACCUACAGUAAUUGAAAAUUCUGAUCUAUCUAGUAUACACAAAUUUCAUGGAAAUUCAGAAAAGACAAAAGCAAAAAAAUUGCCUUCCAUUUCUCGAACAAUGUCAUCACUGGGAUCAAAUGAUUUUCAUGUUUCAGAAAUUAAAAUUAAUCACUUAUUUGACCAAUACAAAGAUUCAUUAGAGGAUGCUAUCUUAGCCGAAGGUAUAGAAAACCUAUGUAAUGAUUUACAGUUAAACCCAGAUGAUUUUAAAGUUCUAGUUCUAGCCUGGAAGCUUAAUGCUAGUCAAAUGUGUCGAUUUACACGGCUGGAAUUUAUACAAGGUCUCCAAAGCAUGAAUACUGACUCGGUGAAAGGCAUACAGCAGAAAUUAUGUAAUAUAACAAAUGAUUUGAAAAAUGACACUGAACAGUUUAAGGAUUUAUAUAGAUUUACAUUUAAAUUUGGUCUCGAUGUCAGUACUGGUCAAAGGAUUCUUCCUUCCGAUAUAGCUAUUCUUCUAUGGCGCCUAGUCUUUACAAACAAUCAACCCCCAAUCUUAGAUAAAUGGUUAAGCUAUUUAGAAAAAAAUCCACACAUACGAGGCAUACCAAAAGACACUUGGUAUAUGUUUUUGAACUUUUGUGAAUUUGUGGGAGAUGAUCUCAGUAGCUAUGAUGAUACAGAGGCUUGGCCUAGCCUAUUUGAUGAUUUUGUGGAAUAUGAAAAUGAUCAGAUGAAUCAAAAUAUUUCAAAAAAUAAUAUGAUUAUCCAGGACUGAAAUUCCUAUAAUUGCCAAAUUUUAGGUAUAGUAGGUACUUAAACAUAUUGAGACUGAUGAUAACAUGUGCAUCAAGAAUGUGCAAGGAACUAAAUAUUUUGUAUUCAUCAAAUAGACAAUGUAAAGAUGCUGAUUUCAGACAUUUAAUUAUGCUGUAAAUAAUAUACCUUGUAAAACAUAUUAUUAAAAACUUAGCUUUAUUUUAAAAUUAAACACAACAUUCCAUAUCUGGAAUUAGCCCAAAUUUGUAAAUAGUUUACCAAUAUAACUGCUUUUAUGCGCAAACAACUAUUUAAAAAUGUAUAUAUUAUUAUGUAUGAUAUUUCAUUUUAUUUCAUCACCAAACCAACUACAAAACAAUGCCUGAUUUGCAUAAUAGAAAUUAUU